AGGAUGACGAUGGGGAAGAGGACGACAUUCUUGCGGUUACUGUUGAAACUGACAGUGCUCCGUCGGAAGAAAUGGAUCUUGCCGUCAUUUUGAGCGCUUUUCAAGAGCAUCACCUUUCUGAGGGCCUGGUAUCCACCGUUUGUAUCAGGAGGAAAAAGCUUCUGGAGAGCGCCAUUAACGCAAUCUCCAGAGCCACGUUCUGUUGGACCCAUUCACCACUCAUUGAGUUUGUAGGAGAAGAUGCAGGUGAUAUGGGGGGACCACAGCGAGAGUUUUUCAGACUCUUGAUGAUAGAGGUACAGACCUCUCUUGGCAUUUUCAAGGGAAAGGCCGGCCACGUCUUUCUUAGUUAUGACCAAGCGGCAUUAGACCAGCGUAAAUAUUUCAAAGGUGGCAACCUCAUCGCUUGGUCGAUUGCACACGGAGGUCCGUGUAUCAAAGCCUUGGAUCCCAGCCUCUUCCAGCUGAUGUGUGGCCAGGAGCCGACACUGGAGCACUUUGACUGGCAUGUGCUGCCUGACCCAGAUUUGCAAAGCAAAGUCAAAAAGAUCCUACAGUGCAAGACUGCUGGAGACCUGACUGCACUCCAGCAGGACCUGGGGGACUGGAUUGCAGAGUGCGGAGUCCCAGGCAUAUUUAGUGCCACAGUUGAAGACAUACCAAAGAUCUAUGCGUAUGUGGUGAAGCACUACAUCUUUCUCAGGUAAACACAUAUACAAAUGAAAUAAGCUUUACAGUUGUAGCUACUAAAAACACUGUCAAUAUGCUACAACAUUAUUAGCUUGAAAAUUGUGACAUAAAUAUAUAAUAAUACAUUUCUCUUCUGUUUCUGUCACGCUAAAACUGGCGAGCCGUUGUAAACUUAUCAUUUAGAAACAGUGAUUUGAUACAGUAAUAGUAAUUUGUAACACUAUCAUUGUAGUUUUUCUUCCAGUUAAUCAGUCUUUCCCAAAAUAAAUACAUAAUUACAUUUAAACAGAUACAAGUGAUUCCAAACUUCUUCACAGAAAUAUUCAUGUUUAAUCUCUGUUGGUUUAUAGAACGGCCAAGAUGAUAUACCAGUUCACAGAGGGAAUGAAUGCUUUUGGAAAGCUUUGGGACUUGGUCGUGGAGAACUGGAUCGCCUUUCUGCCUCUGUUCACCAACAUGCAUGAACCUCUGUCAAAGGCAGCCUUUAAGGCCAUUCAGUUACAAUUACAGCAGUAGAGGAGCCAACCGUCGCGAAGCAGAGGAGGACACUAUCUACAGCUGGGAGAUGGUUCUAAACAUGAUUGAAGGUACUUUUUUAUUCCUUUAUGAAAGUUUUUGAGCGCCAAUUAUGAAAUUGUAAUAAUUCAAUUACACACCACACAAACAGAAAGGUCCACUUUAAAUGUACUGCGACAGAAGGCAAAUACUCAGAUUGUUAUUGUGGUGUGUUUUAGCAAUUUAGGAAAAAGCAAAUUGUCUUACGCCACUGUAGCCAAAGCCAUCAGAACUAGGGGCACAUGCAAAUUUUGAUGUCAUCAAACGUACCUUUUGUCUCAAAAGUGUACUCUAAAGCAGUCGUGUUUACAUAACCUACAUUUUUGAUUAAAUGGCCGGCGUGAAAUGAUUUAGAAAUGAAUGUUAAAAAUGUUAUGAUUUCCUUUUCCCUGGCAGACAAAGUGACUGAACUAAGAUUCGAAGACCUUCUGAUUUUCAUCACCGGAGCAGAUGAAGUUCCUGCCCUGGGCUUUCCCAGGAAGCCCUGCAUCGACUUCUACGAACAGGAAGCGGGCCAGCAUUGUUUGCCCUACGCGUCAACCUGCAUGAUGUGCUUGUACCUGCCAAGAGGCAUCACACAGGAGGACGAACUGCAUCAGAUGCUUUUCCAGGCCACAAGGGAGUCUUUGGGAUUUGGAAAGGUGUAGGCCUAUCUGAACCGAAUAAACUGUGUUUACUAUAUAUUUUUUUUUUUCCCCCUGGUAAUGUCUGAAGUUUUGUGUUUGUUUAUACUUGUAUUGGUGUUUGCACAUUAAGUAUAUUAUGUCCUUUGAAGAAUGUUUGGAAUCUCUCUAGCACACACCAGAUACCUCUCCUUUAAGUCUGUUGUUCCAUCCAUUGCAUUUUGAAGAUCCCGCAGUUGUUCAGUGCUGAGGUUAUCGAGCGGUUGUGACACAAUCCUUGCUCGUUCCAGGUCUUCAGUGUUUGCUCGUAACUGGGUGAGCUGUAUUCCAUGUCUUGCCAAGCCAGCUUCCAGAUUUUCUUGGCUGUAAGGGUCAUCUCCAAAGAUGUUGUUGAGAGCUGUGGACUCCCGCUCACUGUUGGUCAACACGCCCUCUGUCCAGAUUUGUGUCGGUGUAAGGUUGUUAGCCGAUCUGAUUCUAUGGUUGUUCCAAGCUUGUCUAAAUAAAUCUAGUCGUUUUUGGAUUUCUGACUUGUACACUACUCAUGUUCUGGGUUCAGUAUUUAUUCAUCUUCAAACGAAUAGAAAAGCGUGUAGAAGUAUUGCACAACUUGCUGGAAAACAUCUCUCCAAAGUCGUUCAAUACGUUGAUUGUGUACAGACUGGCCUGUAAUGUGCCUUGGGUGUCCUCGUCCCUGCAGAAGGUUCAUUAAAAGAGCAACCAGAGUGUUCUCCCCUCCGUGGUCCGAUCUCACUCUGGAGGGUGACCUGUACAGACAGGGGGCUCGAACAAAAUAAGUCAACACUGUCAAAGCGGUGUUGUCUGUGCUGCAGUUGAUGUAAGUUAUUAGUCUGGAUUUCCCAUCAAUACCAGCGUGCGUCACAAACCCCCACCUGUAAAACAUUUCAAAUAGAAUAAUGGAUGUCUUCAAUACAUGUAAACCCUUCUACAUUAUUCUAUUACAUUUGCAACAAUACAUUCAUAAUUGUGACAAAGUGGGUAAGAAUUACACCACUUGUCCCUACUUUUAUCCAUCAUAACAUCAUAGUUUACAGAUUUACUCAUGCUUGUUCACCAUUUAACCUUAUGUUCAGUAACUUCUCAUUUGCAGACACAUUCUAUCCCGGGUUUGUUUGUAGUUUGUAUUAUGUUUAGUUACAGUUCAUUUACCAACAUUUUUUGGUUAAAUUAAAACAUCUACAAGUAUUAAGUUUAGUUAUUUAUUGAUUAAGUUCUAUUUUCAUUAUUCAAACAUUCUGUUACUCACCAUACUUACCAUGUGUUACAGACAAAGGGAGGAAGCAGCCAAUGAUGUCCCAUAUUUAUACCCUUAGUGACAUCAUUGGUGAUGUCACCAGGUCAGUUCAUGUGGGGAGGGGUGAUUGUAAUUUAGGUUGUGUUUAUUUACUGUGAUUUUGAAUUAUUUAUGUAUAUGGCAUGUUUAUUAGUAGAUAAACUAUAGGAAAGGGUUUUCCCCUUAUCAGGUGGUUAUAGUAGAAUAACUGUAGUUAAUUCCUGUGUCAAUAAAGUAAAAUGUAUACCUGCAGCGAUGGUAUGGUCCAGAUUAGGUCUGGAUGGAAGGGCCUAUAUAAAGCAGUUGCUUUUGUCGUCGAGGGGGGAAUGACACAUCAGUGUAGCUGUGUACGCAUGAUGUUGAGUUGAGUUACUAUGAGUUAACUUUAAUCAGUUAGGCCUAGAUUAAUUAUUUUGAGUUUUUUGUUAAGUGUGAACAUGGACUGCACUGUAAAUAAAUCACUUUG